AUGAUCAUGAUUAAACAAUCAAAUUCAUUGUUAUUCAUUCUAUUAUUAUUAUUAAUAGUAGUAGUAUCAUUAUCAUGUAUUAUUAAUGCUGCAUCUAUUAAAACUACAAUAACAACAACAACAAUUGAAUCAUCAAAUGAUAAAAUUAAUAAUUUAAUUCAUCAAUUAAAAUUAUCAAAUAUUAAAUCUUUAAAACAAUCUAAUCAUCAACAACAACAUAAUGAACAACAACAACAUAGUAAUGAUGCUAAUAGUAAUGCUAAUGUUAAUGUUAAUGAACAAACAUUUCUAUUCAAUGUGAAUGGAUUAGGUACAUUGAGAGGUGUACAAUCAUUCAUUGAUAAUUAUAAAUCAUUUAAAACUAUACCAUAUGCUAAAGCACCAAUUGGUGAAUUACGUUGGUCAGAUCCACAACCACAACCAUUACCAUUUGUAGAUAUAUUAGAUACUACUCAAUUUGGUCCAAUGUGUCCUCAAAAUUGUUUACUUCCACAUGGUUUAUGUGCUCAAAAUCAAAGUGAAGAUUGUUUAUCUUUAAAUAUUUUCACUCCUUUUAAUAUUAGUACUACUACUACUAAUAGUAGUAAUAAUUUAAAACCAGUAAUGGUCUUUUUCCCAGGUGGUCAUUUCGAUCAGUAG